UAAAAGAAUAAAGUCACAAUUUAAUAUUUCUGACAUAAUUCUUCUCUUUCAGCGAGGGUUCCACCACUUCCAGUCCACCACCACCACCAUGGCCGCCUCUUUGUGGCGGCGGUGCUCAUUAAACACCGGCUGGUCCUUCACCAAUGUCGCGAAGAAAGUGCACCCUGCACUAAAUCACCGGUGUCAGCGUCAGUUCUCUGUAAAAGAAUCCGUCAAACGCGAAGCAAAGCACGCCCCCUUAUCUCCCGUAACCUUUCUGGAGAGAGCUGCAGAGGUUCACGGAGAUCGAAUCUCCGUCGUGUACGGCGCACUGAGAUUCACCUGGGGCCAGACUCUCGGCAGGUGCGCUAAUCUCGCCGCCGCCUUGUCAAAAUUGGGAAUUUCUCGCGGCGAUGUGGUAGCAAUCCUGGCCCCAAACAUACCAGCAAUGCAAGAACUCCAUUUCGCUGUACCGAUGGCCGGAGCGAUUAUCUGCACACUAAACCCGUACGACAAUCCAAAUAUGAUCUCGAUCCUGCUCCAGCAUUCCGAAGCCAAGAUAAUUUUCGUAGACCACCAAUUCCUCCACAAAGCUCAACAAGCACUCGAUCUUGUAUCACAAAACAAUCUCAAACCACCGAUUCUCGUCCUAAUUCCCGAAUACGCCAUUCCGUUUUCGUGUCCCGGUACGCAUGACUACGAAACUCUCGUAGCAAGUGGAGAUAGCCAAAAACACACCACUAAACCGCCGAAAACCGAACAAGAUCCUAUAAGCAUCCACUACACCUCCGAAGCAACGCCACCACACCCCAAAAGGGUGGUCCGUAGCCACAGAGAAGCCUACGUCAACACACUUGCAACGGCAUCGAUUCACGGAUUGAGAUCAAUGAAUACUGUCUACCUUUGGACAGUGCCGAUUUCCCAAUUCAACGGGGGUGACUGCCUGAUUUGGGGUUUGGCGGCUUUGGGCGGCACAAACGUUUUCCUUACACGUGUCUCCGCUAAGGAAAUCUUCGAAAGCAUUUUCCUGAACAGUGUCACACACAUGGGUGGGUCCCGGAAAAUCUUGAACAUGAUUGUAAAUUCGACCGAUCGGGAUCGAAAGGUAAAUUCGACCUAUCGGGAUCGAAAUGAGCCGCCUAGCACGGUGGUUGAGAUAAUGGCCGACGGAAUACUACCGCUGCAGCCGCCAAUCGUCUCCAAGAUCGAGGAGCUCGGGUUCCGUUUGUCUCCAAGAAAACCCGAAUCGGAUUCUUGUUUGGAGGAAGUUGAUGCGGACUGUAUGUGAGACAGAUGAAGAGCGUACCGAGCGAUGGUGUGCCGGUGGGUGAGAUUAUGUUCAAGGGAAAUAAUAAUACCAGAGAUGGAUAUUUUGUAAAAUUAAUAUCCAAACAUGAAAUUUCCUUACAUCUCUAUUUCUUUUUCUUGCCAAAUUAUUAUAGUUUAGGGAUGUGGAUGACAAACUUUUAAAUAUUUGAGGGUCUAUUUGUCAAAUACACAUAGUUGAGGGGAAGCGGAUGCAAAUAGACUUAUUAUUUGUUCAUGUGACUCGCAUUUUUUAUCAUGCAU